AUGAACGAAAUCCAGGACUUCCUUGCAGAGCGCGUCAUUAGCAGCAUAGAGGGCCCUUGGCACAUAUUCAGCUUCCCCAUCCACGAACGCUUCCCAGCCAUCUUCCAGCUUGCAGUGCACCUAGAAAACGGCGUACUUCGUUAUUUUUCUGCGGAUACAGCAAUGGAUGUGGUUGCGUGUAACAAAGACACAACGCUUACAGCGUCCUCCAAACUUUGUAAACAGGAUGAAUUUGCUCGGACUCUUCUGUACUCAGACGUACGUUCAUACUACGUGUGGACAAAUAAGGACACCUGGGCGGGCGGGAGUGCGGGAGUGCGGGGCCAACUUCGAGGGCUAUCCAGAUGUCAAAAGAAACGCCACGCGUGGAAGGGUAUUAACGGUCCCCCACUCAAGCCCUCACGCAGGCCUCGCAUUCACAAGAGGAGCGUGCCACCUGCUUGCCCGGGAAAGCUGCCUACAGGGUUUUGUUACGAUCAAGGCUCAAGAAUAAACACACAGGCUGCAUCAACCGCCUCUGCAUCUCGGGCUUCCGAGACUCAUCAUCAAAGGCUUGUUCGUAACGUAAGAAACGCUGCUGCCACUGCGACAUCCAGGGCAAUAGAGACACUUGACCGCAGGCGCGCCCAUCAAUCCAGGGACGCUGCUGCAACAGAGAGCGCAAGGGCUGCUGUGACACAGCUCCGUAGGUCAUGUCGAAAUGCUAGAAAUACUGCCACCACUGCCAUGUCGAAACAUUUGACCGCAGGCGCGCCGGUCAAUCCAGGGACGCUGUUGCAACAGCUAGGUCGAGGGAGCUGCAGCGGACAACACGCAAUGCCCGCAACGCUGCAGCGACGUCUGCUGCCAAAAACAAGAGCAAACAGACUUUCAAGAGCUGCUAUCAACAUUGCCGCUGUGGCGCUUAUUUCAAACUCUCCAAGCUCGCCGCAUACGCCUCGACGGCAACAUUCAACGCCUUGUUGCCGCCCGUAG